GAUAAGGUUCAGCUGUUGCCUUGGAUUCAGUGAUACGAUGAGAGAGGUGACUGAGAAGAGGUGAUAUGAGGAGACUACGUGGUGGAGAAGCAGCUCUUGCAGGUAAACUCUCCCCAACCAGCUCGGAUGUCCUGUUCAGCGCCUCAGCGAUGACAGCCAGCCCUCCACCACCCAGUGUGUAUCUGCCUGCCAGCUUCAAAAUGUCCAAUGCACAACUGGCUUUCUUCUUGCGGGAGGCCCAGAUCACAGGACAAACGGUUGGCGGUGGCAGCAGGAGCAGCAGCAGCAGCUCCGGACAUCCGCUGCAGCGCUCUGAGAGUUUUGUAGUUUUCCAGACAAAAGACCUCCCCGCCAUCAACAUAAGCUUUGGGCCUUUUGCCCAGGACCAGGCUUUAUCCAAGGAGCUGCUGCAGCCAGCCAGCCCUCUGGACAUCCCGGGCCAGCUGACAGUCGGCUGGAAGGUGCGGGCCUUCAUUGUCCAGGCGAGGGUCUUCUCCAACAACCCCAUCGUCCAGGUGUUCUUCUACAUUGCAGGCCGUGACUGGGACGACUUCAAGGCUCAGGACAACCUGCCAUGCAUCCGACUGCACGGCUUCAGGGACGUCCGGGAAAUCAAGACGUCCUGCCGCAUGAGGGGCAAUCUGGCCAAGUGCUUGGCGCAGCUGGAGCUGCCUCCGUCCUGGUUCAACACCAAUGUGGCACCGCUGGGCCGCAGGAAAAGCUCUGGCGACGGGCUCCUGGAUGGAUUAACCAGUGAGACGCUGCAGGCUGAGCUGUACUACACGCUGCACGAGCCCAAUCUGGACGGGGAGUGCAGCGAGGGUCACAGAGGGGGCGGCGGGACCAGGGGAGAACCUCUAUCACAGCACCCUCUGCUGCGCAUCGGGAGUAUCAGCCUCUACCAGGCCAGUCAGGAGCAGCUGCUGGUGGACAAACAGCUGGACAAGAACAUGUUCCUCAGGCUGCCAGAGAAACCACUCAAACCUGGAGAAACACUGAAGAUCCUGCUCUACCUGAUGCCCAACUCCACUGUGGAACAAUUCACCCUCAAGGUCAAAGCGAAGAAAGGGGUGAACCUGCUGCAGACCAAGUCCAAGCAUGCUCAGUGGAAGGUAGACUGGGAGGUGCAGCCCGGCGCCAAGCAUUCCAUCACCACCAUCAAUGUGAGCAAGAACAAGGCAGUGAAGCAGGG